GCCAUCAGCCGCAGAACGAGCUCCGACUCCUUCACAGUAAUGGCUGUCGGAGGGGAUGAUCGUCUGUGAUUGAUCGCGUAUCGUUUAGGCGGGGAAAAGAGAGCACUGUUCCGUGUCAUUUUCACGUAAGGUGUAGCAGUGUCAAGGUGCAGCCAUGGUGGACACGACCACCUCCAUGAAGAUGACCACUAUGGCCAUCCAGAACCUCUUCAGCUACGUGGAGGAGGAGAACCUGUCCGCCGUCAAGGUGCACCUGGACAAGUUCAAAGAGGUGGAUGGCAGAAGUGAUAAUGGACAGACCCCCUUGAUGCUGGCUGCUGAACAGGGCAGUCUGGAGAUUGUGCAGGAGCUCAUCAGGAGGGGCGCAAAUGUCAACCUGGAUGAUGUGGACUGCUGGACGGCCCUGAUCUCGGCGGCCAAGGAGGGUCAUGUGGAGGUGGUGAUGGAGCUUCUGGAGAACAGUGCUUACAUAGAGCACAGAGACAUGGGAGGAUGGACGGCACUCAUGUGGGCUGCCUACAAGGGCCGUGUGGAGGUGACCAAGGUGCUGCUGGAGAAUAACGGCAACCCCAACACCACGGGGCAGCAAUACAGCGUGUACCCCAUCAUCUGGGCAGCUGGCCGUGGGCACGCAGAAAUUGUGCACCUCCUGCUCCAGCACGGUGCCAAAGUGAACUGCUCAGACAAGUACGGCACAACCCCACUCAUCUGGGCAGCCAGGAAGGGCCACUUUGACUGUGUGAUGCACUUGCUGGAGAAUGGCGCUGACGUCGACCAGGAGGGGGCGAACUCCAUGACGGCCCUGAUUGUGGCAGUCAAGGGCGGCUACACGGAGGUGGUGAAGGAGCUUCUGAAGAGGAACCCCAACGUGAACAUGACAGAUAAGGACGGCAACACCGCGCUGAUGAUCGCCGCGAAAGAGGGCCACACUGAGAUCGUCCAGGACCUGCUGGAUGCCGGCACCUACGUCAACAUCCCGGACAGGAGCGGGGACACAGUGCUCAUCGGAGCCGUCCGGGGUGGCCAUGUGGAGAUCGUUCGGGCCCUGCUGCACAAAUAUGCUGACAUUGACAUCAGGGGGCAGGAGAACAAGACUGCCCUCUACUGGGCUGUGGAGAAAGGAAAUGCCACCAUGGUGCGGGACAUCCUGCAGUGCAACCCUGACACGGAGACCUGCACCAAGGAUUUAGAGACCCCUCUGAUAAAGGCCACCAAGAUGAGGAACAUCGAGAUAGUGGAGCUUCUUCUGGAUAAAGGCGCCAAGGUCUCCGCUGUGGACAAGAAGGGAGAUACGGCGCUCCACAUCGCCAUCCGGGGGCGGAGCCGCCGCUUAGCUGAGCUGCUCCUCCGCAACCCCAAAGAUGGCCGACUACUCUAUCGGCCCAACAAGGCGGGCGAGACGCCCUACAACGUCGACUGCAGCCACCAGAAGAGCAUCCUCACCCAGAUCUUCGGAGCCCGCCACCUGUCCCCCACGGAGUCUGACGGUGACAUGCUGGGAUAUGACCUGUACAGCAGCGCGCUGGCUGACAUCCUGAGCGAGCCCACCAUGCAGCCGCCCAUCUGCGUGGGCCUCUACGCCCAGUGGGGCAGCGGCAAGUCCUUCCUGCUCAAGAAGCUGGAAGACGAGAUGAAGACGUUUGCCGGCCAGCAGGUGGAGCCGCUGUUCCAGUUCUCCUGGCUGGUGGUAGUGCUGUCCCUGCUGCUGUGUGGCUCCGUGGCCCUGGUGCUGGGCUUCACCGUCGACCCCAAGCUGACCGUGGCUGUGUCCCUCAGCCUGCUGGCCCUGCUCUACCUCUUCUUCGUGGUGGUCUACUUUGGUGGUCGAAGGGAAGGUGAAAGCUGGAACUGGGCCUGGGUCCUCAGCACCUGCCUGGCGCGACAUAUUGGCUACCUGGAGUUGCUGUUGAAGCUGAUGUUUGUCAACCCCCCUGAGCUCCCGGAGCAGACCACCCGUGCACUGCCAGUCAGGUUCCUCUUCACAGACUACAACCGCUUAUCAAGUGUGGGCGGAGAGACGUCUAUGGCCGAGAUGAUCGCCACACUGUCAGACGCCUGCGAGAGGGAGUUUGGCUUCCUGGCCACCCGCCUCUUCAGGGUCUUCAAGACGGAGGACACUCAGGGGAAGAAGAAGUGGAAGAAGACAUGCUGCCUGCCGUCCUUCAUCCUCUUUACUUUCGUCCUGAGCUGCCUCAUUGCCGGCAUGGCCCUGCUCGCUGUCUUUAAGGUGGACGGCAGCAACACCACGGUGAACGCCGUGUUGAUCGCCAUGGCCAGUGUGGUGGGCCUGGCGCUGGUGCUCAACUGCCGCACCUGGUGGCAGGUGCUGGACUCUGUACUGCACUCGCAGAGGAAGCGGCUCCACAGCGCCGCCAACAGGCUGCAUAAGCUGAAGAGCGAGGGCUUCAUGAAGGUGCUGAAGUGUGAGGUGGAACUGAUGGCCAAGAUGGCAAAGACCAUCGAUGGCUUCACCCAGAACCAGACGCGACUGGUCGUCAUCAUUGAUGGCCUGGACUCCUGCGAGCAGGACAAAGUGCUGCAGAUGUUGGAUACGGUGAGGGUGCUGUUCUCCAAAGGCCCCUUCAUCGCCAUCUUCGCCAGCGACCCGCACAUCAUCAUCAAGGCCAUCAACCAGAACCUGAACAGCGUGCUGCGUGACUCCAACAUCAACGGGCACGACUACAUGCGCAACAUCGUGCACCUGCCCGUCUUCCUGAACAGCCGAGGCCUCAGCAGUGCCCGUAAGAUGUGUGCACCCGCCUCCGCCCCUGCCAACGGCGACGCUGCCACCAACCCCGAGGGCUGGCAUGAAGAACUGGACAGGAAGCUUUCUCAGCACAGUUUGGGUGAACUGACCAAGGUUGGCAGCAAAACCACGCUAAACAGGAGGGACACUUACCGGCGUCGGCAGAUCCAGAGGAGUGUGACACGGCAGAUGUCCUUCGACCUGACCAAGCUGCUGGUGACUGAGGACUGGUUCAGCGACAUCAGCCCGCAGACCAUGAGGAGGGUGCUUAACAUCGUAUCCGUCACAGGUCGGCUCCUCAGAGCGAAUCAGAUCACCUUCAGCUGGGACCGGCUGGCGUCCUGGAUCAACCUGACAGAGCAGUGGCCUUAUAGGACCUCCUGGCUCAUCCUGUUCCUGGAGGAGACGGAUGGCAUCCCGGACCAGGCCGCGCUCAAGACCAUCUAUGAGAGGAUCUCCAAGAACAUCCCGACAACCAAAGACGUGGAGCCCCUGCUGGAGAUCGACGGGGAUGUGCGCAGCUUCGAGGUCUUCCUGUCCUCCCGAACGCCUGUGCUAACGGCCCGUGACAUCAAGACCUUCCUGCCGUGCACGGUGAACCUGGACCCCAAGCUGCGGGAGAUCAUCGCGGACGUGCGUGCUGCGAGGGAUCAGAUGCACAUGGGGGGUGUGGCCUACCCCACGCUGCCCCUGCAGGACGCCCCACCCCGCGCGUCCUCCGUGUACAGCCAGCACUCAUCCGCCUGCUCGCCCACCGCCUCCUUCAGCGGACCCUACAACCCCGCCGGCGUGGUGUCCCCGCCCCAGCCCCCCAGCAGCUACUUCAGCGGCCUGACAGGACCCCAGCACCCCUUCUACAACAGGCCAUAUUUCCCCCAUCAUGUUUAUCAGCUGCCAAGGCAGUACAUUGGCAGCUUCCAUCACGUCCCGCCACGUCCAUCCGUUAAAUCCGGCUUCCCCAGGGAUCUCUGCAAUGGACUCAAUAGGGCACAUUCUGUCAAACACAAGCAGGGCUCCGCCUCCGUGGCAUCUGGUGCCCCGGCCGUGAUGCUGAGCUCCAUGAACACGGACUCCGUGUGUGAGCAGAUGAAGCAGAUCGAGGGCAUGGACCAGAGCAUGCUGGCACAGUACACGGCUACCAUCAAAAAGGCCAACGUGAAUGGAAGAGUCCUGUCGCAGUGCAACCUGGAUGAACUCAAGAAGGAGAUGAACAUGAACUUCGGAGACUGGCAGCUGUUCCGGGGAAUGGUGAUGGAGUUACGUGUUGUAGAGAGCCAGACACUCCACGAUGGGGCCCCUAGCGAGCAGGGUAGCGGCCCCGUAAGCCAUGGGGAGACAGCCCGGCGUCCCCAUGGCUCUAUGUACGAAGCUGGGGCAGCUACCCAGGAAACAUCCCCCAUGUACAGCUUCAACCUAAGCUUCGAGGAGCUCAGCACUGUGGGCCUGGAGGAGCCCCAGCGAAUCAACAACACCCAAUGGACGACCACUACACACAGGACGCCCAGCAUGUCCAGCCUCAACUCCCAGGAGUCCUCCAACGACAUCUGCAAACUGACCGACAAGCAGCAGGCUGAGUACCGUAAUGCGUACCAGGAGUACAUUGCCCAAAUGUCCCAGUUGGAGGGUACUGGGAGCACAAUGGAGAAACCACAUCCUGGCCAGUUUGCACACUCUGCCUCAGAGGAUAAGGGCAAGGAGAGCUUGGAGCAGGAUGGCCGAAAACCCUUCGUGAAGAGAAGUUCCGGCAAGCCUGGCGAUGCUGUUGAUUAUACCCCAACUGCAGCGGAUGCUUUGCCGCUGGACCCCAUCACGGAGGAGGAUGAGAAGCCCGACCACAGCACCUCCAGAUCACUGCUCGGCCGCAAGCUGUCAGGCGAGAGAGUUGGCAUCUUCCAGGGUGCCGACCUCAAGUUGAAGGCAGCCGCCGGCCCACGGUACCAGAAGCUGACCAGCGACGACGAAGAGUCAGAGGAAUCUGACAAUGCCCCGCUACUUGGGGAUGGGAAUAAGACCGACGGCAAGGCCGCAACACUUCCAGAAGACAGCAGCUCCCGCCCGUUAGCCAAAGGCAAGGAGUACCUCUCAGAUGCUAUGCUGGACAAGAAGGAUUCCUCGGACUCCGGAGUGCGUUCCAGUGAGAGCUCACCUAACCACUCCCUGCAGGAUGAGGAGGCGGACCUGUCACAGCUGGAGCGGAGCAGCCUGAUUGAGCUGGAUGAGGAGAGCGCUGCCAGAAAGCUUACCUGCCUGCCGCACAGCCUGAGUGGCCUGCAGGACCCUGCCGUGGCCCGCAUGUCCAUCUGCUCUGAAGACCAGUGUAGCCUGCUGGCCAGCAGCCCCGAGGAGAGCUGGCCAUCCUCCAGGACGUAUAACCUGAACCGCACCCCCAGCAAUACCACCCUGAACAACAACACCAACAAUGCCCAGCAAGGCACCCACCGCCAGCCCAGUGAGGGCUCCAAUGCUGAAGUCAUUGUUGCCCCCAGCUCUGGCUCAGGCACCAGCACCAACGCUUCCACUGCACCAAACGACAACGUGCGUGUCGUGCACUUCAAGAGGGGCCUCAACCCCGGUGACCCCCCAGAAAUCCGCACAGUCACUUCCGAGACUGUCACCUUUGGUGAGGAGCGGGAGAGCAUCCUUUGAACAUCCUAAGCAUCUCUGAGUGCUCUUUCUGUGACCUUAUUAAAAAACCAUUCCUGACAAGGCUUAUCUGUAAAGACCAUGACGACUUCCCAUGAUUCCUUAAGAAGACUGAAGAAAGAGUUCCCAUGAUUCUUUAUGAAGAUCCAAGACCUUCCUUCCAUCCUUAUGAAGAUCUAAAAAUGAGAUAACAUGAUUUCUUAUAAAGACCCAAGAAAGUCUUCCCAUGAUUCCUUAUAAAGACCCAAAAAUGACUUUCCAUGAUUCCUUAUAACGACCCAAAAAUGACUUCCCAUGGUUCCUUAUAACGACCCAAAAAUGACUUCCCAUGGUUCCUUAUAACGACCCAAAAAUGACUUCCCAUGAUUUCUUAUGAAGACCCAAGAAAGACUCCCCAUGGUUCCUUAUGAAGACCCAAGAAAGACUCCCCAUGGUUCCUUAUAAAGGUUCAAAAACAAAUUCCCAUGAUUAUUUACGAAGACCCAAGAAUGACUUCCCAUGAUUUCCUUAUGGGGACCCAAAAACAACUUCCCAUGUUUCCUUAUGAAGACCCAAGACCGAUUUCUCUUGUUUCUUUAUGAAGACCCAAGAAUUCUGUGAUUUCUUAAGACCCAAGAAAGAGUUGCCAAUGAUUCCAUAUGGAAACCCAAGAAAGAGGUGGCACAAUUCCUUCUGAAGACCCCCAAAAAAAAAGAAUUUACAGGAGAGUCAUAUUUAUGUUGUCUGUAGCAGCAUGUGUAGAAAAAUGAAUGUUAAAUAUAAAAGUUCAAUGUUCUGAAGUCCAAAAAUAAGUGCGUAGAUUGCUCAGGUUUAAUAUUGGGCUAUAUUUCAGUUUUGCUGUGAACCUGUGGUGCUGCUUUUCAAAGUUAAAAAGAAAAAAAAUCUGGGACACUACUGGUACAAAAACCUUUAAAACAACUGACCCAGUUUCAGACCUGUGUGUCACAUGCUAGAAAACACGCAAGUAAAGAUAUUCAGUAACCCAUGUCACGUUGACUUGCAGAUUUAGAGUUCCUAGUUUGUCGAAGAGCUUGUUAAGUGGUAGGCAACACAAAACUAUAAGGUUUGUCUUCUGUGAAACUGCCCGUGUGGUCAUAUUGUAGUCACUCCUUUGACAUUGCAAGCAUCUCCAGUGUUAUUGUGCUACAGUGUUGCAUGAAAAUGACGUCUAACUGUUUCGGUAGCCCAUUAAUGCCUUUGCCUAAACUUAGUUGAAGGGCUUUACCGUUGGUCGUUGCUAGUAGUGUUGAUGGGAAGUGUCCCAAGUGUUAAGCAUGUGUGUCAUUAGAAUAUAACGUGUGGUAACUGUGAUGUGCUAAAACCUGAUGGAAGAGAAAGGGACUUCAAGCCCUGAUCUGAAUUUGCAUGGCUUAUGUAGAACCUGCUAGCCUUUGCUUAUCUGUUGCAUGUACCAUGAUGUAACUACCUUUCAUUGUGAAUUUCUUUCAACUGACAGUAUUUGACUAUUAGUAUCUCUAAUAGAGCUGUGAUUGUCAUAUUUAUUGAGGUGUUCACUAGUGGAUUAAUAAAUGUGUAACCAAA